AAUUGACGGGGGUAAUGUGUUGGGCAGGUGAUCCGGAGUCUUUCACUCCCCCCCUUCAUUCGAACACCGAACCAGCCGCGAAGCGGCGGCAACCCCUAUCUCCGGCCUUCCGUUCCCUCCCUCUUUCUUCUCUUCUUCUUCUUCUUUUCAUGCUUCCCCUGUUCUGUCUUUGCCGCUGCAACUUGCAGCAGAUUGGAUCAAGAAAAAACCCCCUCCACCUCCGAUCAUUCUCCCUGAUUCUUCUCUUUCUCUCCGCUAUUCCCAUCUCUUUUCUCCAUCACCCAUAACUUUUCCUCUGUUCCGCAUAUCACCGCCCCCUCCUCUGUCUCUGUAGUUUCUACGAACCGCCGCUGCAACUCCUAACAGCGGCGGUAUCCUCAUUUCGAGCCCAGUCUGCACCCCUCUCUCCCCCCUCUCUAAUUUAUCUCGUUACUUCCCUCUUUCUUCUCCAUUCCCACCAUCACUCGAGAAAACAAUCUAAAACAAACCCAGUUGCAGCGUUCAUUUUUAUGCCUAAAUGAGAUCAGAACCUACGGCAGUACCCAUCACUCGUGGGUGUUUCUCCUCUUAGUACAGCGAAGAUAAUCGGAGACAAAUCAGAUUGCGAUAUCCCCGGUCCAGACGAUCGAUUUCAGGCCACACAGUCCAGCUUGAUCUCAUAUCUUUAGAAAGCCAGAGCUGUUAUCGUCCUAUGCAUAAAAUGAAAAACGGGUGUUCUAGUCAAGAAGAACAACUCCAAGUUCGGAGGCUACAGAUCUCUGACUAUAAUAAAGGUUUCAUUCAGCUCUUGCAACAAUUAAGUGUUUGUGAUUCUGUCUCUGAUGAGGAAUUUAAUGCACGGUUUCAAGAACUCAGUUCUCAUGGUGAUGACCAUGUUAUUGCGGUCAUCGAAGAUGAUCAAACAGGAAAAAUUAUUGCAACAGGGAGUGUCUUCGUGGAGAAGAAGUUUUUACGGAACUGUGGAAAGGUAGGGCACAUAGAAGAUGUAGUUGUUGAUUCAAAUGCUAGAGGGAUGAAAUUAGGGCAAAAGAUUAUUGGCUUUCUCACAGAUCAUGCUCGAUCAGCAGGAUGUUAUAAGGUGAUCCUUGAUUGCAGUGUUGAGAACAAGGGGUUCUAUGAGAAGUGUGGGUUUAAACGGAAGGAGAUUCAGAUGGUCAUGUAUUUCAAUUGAUGAGUUCUCUCCAAUUUGGUCUUUCUCCUAUGUUUCUGAGAUUUAUCAAUAAAUUUUGUGAAGUUUAUGGGCA